AUGGAGAGCGUGGUGCGCCUUGUUGUCCGUGUGUUGAUUCGCCUCGUCCCCCAACCCUGGGUUAUGAACAUAUGCCGCUUCCUCAAGAAGAAACAGAAGGCCGGCAACAACAAGGGAUGCGCCAUCAUCAGGCUCCCGGGUGGCAUCGUCGCGAAAAUAGGUGCUGGCGUUACCCCCAGCGAAGUUGCAACACAGUCCUAUGCGUAUCACCACCUCGAUCGCCGUAUCGUUUGUGUUCCACGCAUAUACCACUAUUUUCAGGAUUUCAGCGACCGUGUCUUACCGACAGGGUAUCUUUUCAUGGAGUACAUUCCUGGCCCGACACUGGAAGAAUUUGAUGAACCAACCAGCACACAUCUUACGCAGCGUCUGGCAAAGGUGGUUCAACUCCUCCAACAAUUUCAGGCAAAUAUCCCCGGCCCUGUUGGAGGGGGGAUCCCGCUAGGGAACAUGUGGGGGUACCAUGAUGCUGGGAUGGCCUUCAACUCUGCUGAAGACCUAACUGCAUGGGUGAACAGACGGAUUGAACUGCUCAAAAAGACAGUUGAUUUCAGCCCAUGUCCUCUUGUUCUCUGUCACUUGGAUCUUUGCCGGCGCAAUGUCAUUGUGAGCAAGGAUGGUUCACUAUAUCUCCUUGACUGGGCGUUUGCUGGAUUUUACCCGCGGUUCUAUGAAACUGCAGGCAUCAACUUCUACAAGGAUGAUUUUUGGAAGUCAUUUCUUGACGCUGUCAACAAAACCAUUGCUUUAACUGAUGAUGAAAAGCGAAGCAUGGACUUGAUCUUGCGAGCCCGUGCUGCUAGCCUACGGUGGAUUUUUUAUACUGGCAAGCUUCACACCCUGUGA